UCUAAACCGGCACUGGUACACCAUCGUUAGCGAUUGAAAGAUGGCGAAUCAGGGAGCGAAGAAGCGGAGAGAAGAGAACAAUCGUCACAUGCGAAACCUCUUUUAUCUCAUCAUCGUCUGCAAUGCGGUAUAUCUGUUGGUGAGGGCAGGGAUUUUUCACUCUAGUUUCAAGUGGAAGCAGUGGGUUAGUUACAUGUUGACGGCUAUCUGCUACAUCAUUCCUUACCUUCAGAUUGCCCUUAUUGCGAAGCCUAGUUAUGAUGAAAACGGGGAGCUUUUGGAUGGUGGCUUUGAUCUAAGUACCGGUGGAGUUUGUGGAUAUCUACAUGACAUAAUCUACAUUACAUGCUUUGUGCAACUUGCAUCUAUCAUCUCUGAAAAAUUUUGGUACCUAUAUUUAGUGAUACCAGCAUUUGGAACAUAUAAACUCUUUGGUAUCUUGAAAGGGUUUUUGUGGCAAGGUACAGAGGGAGCUGAAGAGGAUGAAAAAACUCAAAAGAAGAGAGAAAAGAGAGCUUCAAGAGCCAAAUAUGUGAGGACUAGGACCCGAUAAGGUGAUUGUGAAAUGAAGAGAAGCACUUCUCCAUUCCUUCUCUUGAAUGCAAAUUAAGAUUACUAUUUCACUGCACUGGGUACUGUGGUUUGUGAAUCGAAGAACAACCGUCUGAUCUUGUGGCUGCAAAUGUAUGGUAUUGUUACAGAUUAUGUACUCGAAUAAGUGUUUUUAUGAAGUACUCUUUAAAAGUUGUGUACUUA